CAGAAGUGAGAUGUGAUCUCCUGCAUCGCGAGUUUCGGCAUCGCAAUGAAACUCUCCGUAAUCAACGGACGUGAUUGAUCGGAAAAUGUAGAAGCGUUGGAUCUGAGGAGAAUCGCAAUCGUAAAUAUAAGAGUGGGAAGAGAGGGAAGGGAGGAAGAGAAGGGUUGUGAUUGUGAGAGAGAGAUUGAUAGCUUUCUCUCUCUUUGUGGAAGCGAGAUCUGAUUUCUUUCUUUCUGAUCAACACAAAACAAUGGGACUGUGGGAAGCUUUUCUCAAUUGGCUUCGCAGCCUUUUCUUCAAGCAAGAAAUGGAGUUAUCUCUGAUAGGACUUCAGAAUGCUGGAAAGACUUCCCUUGUAAAUGUAGUAGCUACUGGUGGGUAUAGUGAGGACAUGAUUCCUACUGUGGGAUUCAAUAUGAGGAAAGUGACAAAAGGGAAUGUUACAAUAAAGUUAUGGGAUCUUGGAGGGCAACCUAGGUUCCGCAGCAUGUGGGAACGUUACUGUCGUGCUGUUUCUGCUAUUGUUUAUGUUGUUGAUGCUGCCGAUCCAGAUAACCUUAGCAUAUCAAAAAGCGAGCUUCAUGAUUUGCUGAGCAAACCAUCAUUGAGUGGCAUCCCUUUGUUGGUGUUGGGGAACAAGAUUGACAAACCAGGGGCUCUGUCUAAACAAGCGUUGACUGAUCAAAUGGAUCUGAAGUCAAUUACUGACAGGGAAGUUUGCUGCUUUAUGAUCUCAUGCAAAAACUCGACCAACAUUGACUCUGUUAUUGACUGGCUUGUAAAGCAUUCCAAAUCAAAGAGCUGAGAACCUACUUUCUGCUUUGAACUCUAAUGUAAUUUAUGGGUGACAAAUUUCUGGAUUUUACUAGAGGCAUUUGCAUGUCUAACUCGGUUGCUGAUUGAUUUUAUUCUUCCCUUUUGUCAGAUGCUUUGUAAUAUAAUAUCAUUCUUGUCCGAUAGGGGAAUUAAGCGGGAUGACAUACGUGUGAAGGGUUACUUUAUUAGCAAAUCAUAUUGUGUCAUAGGAGUAUCUAUAUCACUGAAAAAAAAUCACUGGACUGCACUUGCGGGAGGAAUUGAUCUUUUUAUCUUUGUAAAUUAGAUUGGAUAUUAGAUUCUUUCCGAUGAUUCUUCCAAACAUUGCUAAGUCAGCUAUCUUCUGUGUUGUCAUUAUUUUUUUUUAUUUCUUUAUCUCGAAGGGGUAGUAAGUUGGAGAU